AGGUAAGUGAAGCAGCUACGGGACAUCUGCGCUGCCGGAACUCACUGCCAGGCACUGAAGCAUCUGAGAUUUUAACCAAGAAUAGCCGACAAUUCUAACAGUUUCGUCAUGAUGUAUGGGCAGAUCCUUCAUCCGCACAGCCCCGAUGAUUGCUUUAUUAAUGUCAAUGUUGGUGGUUUCAAACAACGCAUGGAGCACAACGUCCUGAACCGAUUCCCACAGACACGUCUGGGGCGCCUCUUGUGUUGCAGCUCCAAAGAAGCAGUCCUGGAGCUCUGCGAUGAUUUCACUCCCUCUGAAAUGGAGUACUAUUUUGAUCGCAAUCCGCAUUUCUUCUACUACGUUCUCAACUUUUACCUCACAGGCAAACUCCACCUAGUGGACGGGUUGUGCGUAGUCUCGUUUUUCCAAGAGAUUGAGUAUUGGGGCAUCAAGGAGCGCCACCUGGACUUCUGCUGCAGCAACAAAUUCCACGAACUGAUGGGGCUUGCUGAAGACGAGUGCUGGGAUCAGAGGAGCGAUGAGCUGCAGUUCCACAGCUCAGGCUCGUCGAUUGAGGAGCUGUCAGCUUCGGAGGACAACAUAGAAAUGUUUGAAGGCUCCUUGUGUGCAGACGUUCGCAGGAAUAUCUGGAUUCGACUUGAGAAUCCAGUUUACUCCACUUCAGCCAAAGUUAUGGCUGUGGCAUCUCUAAGUUUGGUCAUUAUCUCUAUUGUUGCCAUGUGUGUCCACAGCAUGCCAGACUUCCAUCAAGUUGAUCUCAAUGAGAGGGAGAUUGAAAACCCAGCGUUGAAUUUCUUUGAGAACCUUUGUGUUCUGUUCUUCUCUGCAGAGUUUAUCCUUCGUCUAGCUGUUGCACCGUCUGCCAGGAAGUUCUUGUGUAGCCCUCUCAAUAUUAUUGAUUUAAUGUCCAUUAUGCCCUUCUAUUUCACCGUAGCUUGUGAUAUAAUGGCUGAUGGCGAGAACACAGACCUGGAGAAUGUUGGCAAAGUGGUGCAGAUCUUGCGGUUGAUGCGAGUGUUUCGCAUCCUAAAACUGGCUCGCCACUCCGCUGGCCUUCGCUCUCUUGGUGCCACGCUGCGAAACAGCUCCAGUGAAGUAGGGCAGCUCGUGCUUUUUUUGUCUGUGGGCAUUUCAAUGUUUUCCGCUCUCAUUUACUUCGUAGAGAGAGAAUGUCAAGAGUCGGCGCUGCAGACUAUGCCUAUUGGCUGGUGGUGGGCCACCAUUAGCAUGACUACAGUGGGCUACGGGGACACUUUUCCUGUUACGCUAGCUGGGAAGCUGAUAGGAACUCUGUGCAUCCUCUCUGGGCUGCUGAUCGUCGCUCUGCCCAUUACUAACAUCUUCAAUAAAUUCUCCAAGUUCUAUGAGAGGAAAAAACGUAUAGAUCUCAGACAAAGCAAUAACUGAACUCUCUCCAGAAAGUACAGAAGUGUUCUAAAGCAGUGAUUCUCAAAGUGGAGUCUGUGGUACUCUGUCAGGGGGUCCGUGAAAUAAUUUGUGCAGAAAAAAGGGAUUAGCUGCGCAAUGUACUGUAAUAAACUUGGCUAAAGUAAAUGGCUUACUCAAAGGUCAAGUAAGUGUUUUUUUCUUGGGUCGGGAUAAAUAUGUUCAUGGCUUAAGGGAACAGUUCGACAUUUUGAGAAAUUUGCUUAAUCGUUGUCUUGUUUAACUGAAAAGAUUGA